AUGGCACUUGUAGAUGGUUUUGCUUUGAUGAUGUGUUGGAUCUGUCGCCCACCAUUCCAACCUCAACUCUGGUGGGGUUUGCAUUGUUGGAAUGUCGUUUCACCGUGCAAGCCUCUGGUUACUUUUCCGUUAGGUGCCUGUGGUGUCCAGUUGGCAAAUGGCAAUUGGACCCAAGAGGAUAGGACAUAUACGGCGCUGGGAUACCCAGAGAAUUUGCUCACCUUCACUUCAGUUGGUUCCCCUGCUCUCACUUGCUGCAUCUCCCCCGGAGCUCGGGUCAGGUCUACAAUGGCAAUGAUCAGCCCUGCCGCCGCCACCGUCGUCGCCGCCAGGCCGGCCCAAGCUCUAGGGCUCCCUCAGCUGAGGGUGACCAGGGCUGAGAAGCUGAGGUGCGCCUACUCCAAGGACGGCAAGGAGGAGGCGGCUGCGGCGACUCCGGCGGUCGUGAAAGGCGUGCCGCUGCUGGCCGCGGCGAGCGCAGCCAUGACGGCGGCGUCCCCGGCGCUGGCGCUGGUGGACGAGCGGAUGUCGACGGAGGGCACGGGGCUGAGCCUGGGGCUGAGCAACAACCUGCUGGGGUGGAUCCUGCUGGGCGUGUUCGGCCUCAUCUGGUCCCUCUACACCGUCUACUCCUCCACCCUCGACGACGACGACGAGUCCGGCGGCCUCUCCCUCUGA